AUGACAGUAUUCCACAAAGUGAUGUCAGUACUGGAUAUGACUGUGAAGGAAGCAGUGCAGUUGAUUGGAAUGUGGUUCGUCAGUCAAGGAAUUUGGUUGUUCUUUGCCUAUCUGUAUGAGUUCCGCAAGUGGCGUACGCUUGAAUUCGUAUGGGUGGCAUCAAUAUUGUUCCUUAUUGUUAACUGUUAUAUUAUGGCUAAGUUGACAAGGAGUUACUCCGAUAGUGCCAAGACGAAGAGUAAAAUUAAUUAG